AUGGCUGAAGGGGUUGAGCCCAUGGACGAAACCCAAGAUACUGAAGUUAAAACCCAGCAGCCCACGGGACCGCUGAGGCGGGGCUCGCGCUCCGUGCUCAAGGUGUCCCAGCUGUUGCUCCGCGCCAUCGCCUCACACAAAAGGCUGACCCUGGCGGCUCUCAAGAAGGAGUUCGGAAAUGCGGGCUACGAGGUGCGCAGGAAUUGCGGCCGCCUCUCGGGCGAAAAGUGCAGGUCCGAAGGGAAGAGCCUUCUCCUCCGGGUGAGCGGCAGCGAAGCCGCCGGCUACUUCAGGAUCUGGAAGGUUCCGAAGCCGAAGAGAAAGCCAGGACGCCCAAGGCUGGAGGAGGGCGGGCGCUCGCCGAGGACCCCUCUCGGGGCGCGGAACUCACGGAACUCGCGCAGGCGCUCUGCCCGCCGCACGGUGGCCAGGAAGGUGAGGAGGGGGCGCUCCAGGGCAGACUCGAGGAAGGUGAGGUCAAGGGCCAAGGACCUGGUGAGUUCCAGAACCAAGGAGGAAGGGAGGGCCAAGAAGGAAGACAUCAGGCCCAGAUCCCGAAAUGCGAAGAGGCCAAGCUCCAGGGCCAGGGAAGAGAAGAAGCAGGACCCGGAGAAGCCCGUGAAACGGACCGCCCAGAGGCCAGCUUCCUCUAAAACCGACCGGACUCCUCAUGGGCAGGCGAGGACGUGCGACCCGAGGGCUACUCGCACCAAGACUUUGGCUAAAGCUGAAGGUGCUCGGAGUGCCACCCGGAGUCCAUAG